AUAUACUAAAAUAAUAUAUAAUUUUCUGGCCUUGUGUCUUCUUUACCUUGUUCUUUCUUCUACCAUCAGUUUUCUUGAAUUUGUUGAUCUACUUUUUGUGAAACAAGUUGGUGUUGAUCUUUGUUCUUGAGCUAAUUAAGAUCACUUUGAACUGGCCCAUGACUUCAAUUUUGACAAUUAGACUGCUUGAUGCAAAAAGUUUUGAUUUUUCUGAGAUGGGUAUUUGAGGGACAAGUGAUAUAGAGAUUUUUGUAUGUAUAUGUUUUUUGGUUGGGAUUGAGUGUAUAGUGUUUUUGGAUUUUGAUAUGGGUGGGUGUUUUCCAUGUUUUCGAUCAUCAGAAGAGGCAGUGAAGGAAGUGGUGAAGAAGGAUUCUUUGAAGGAGGGUGCAGCAGCUCAGCCUCAUCAUGUUAGUUUAGAUAAAUCUAAAUCUCGGGGUGGAUUGGAUCCCAAGAAGGAACCAACCCUUCCAAAAGAUGGGCCAACAGCACAUAUUGCUGCACAGACAUUUACAUUCCGUGAGCUUGCAGCAGCGACUAAGAAUUUCAGGCCAGAGUGUUUACUGGGUGAAGGUGGUUUUGGACGUGUUUAUAAAGGGCGGCUUGAAAGCACAGGACAGGUAGUUGCUGUAAAACAGCUUGAUCGGAAUGGUCUUCAAGGGAACAGAGAAUUUCUAGUGGAGGUUCUUAUGCUCAGCCUCUUGCAUCAUCCAAAUCUUGUCAACUUGAUAGGUUAUUGUGCUGAUGGGGAUCAACGCCUUCUUGUUUAUGAAUUUAUGCCGUUGGGCUCACUGGAGGACCAUUUACAUGAUUUUCCACCUAACAAAGAGCCUCUGGACUGGAAUACAAGGAUGAAGAUUGCAGCUGGUGCAGCCAAGGGAUUAGAAUACUUGCAUGACAAAGCAAACCCUCCUGUUAUAUACAGAGAUUUGAAAUCAUCCAACAUUCUUCUUGAUGAAGCCUAUCACCCAAAGUUGUCUGACUUCGGCUUGGCAAAACUAGGCCCUGUUGGUGAUAAAACUCAUGUCUCCACAAGGGUUAUGGGGACCUAUGGUUAUUGUGCCCCUGAAUAUGCUAUGACGGGUCAACUGACACUGAAAUCCGAUGUUUAUAGUUUUGGAGUAGUCUUCUUAGAGCUUAUUACAGGACGCAAAGCUAUUGACAAUACCAGGACUCAUGGAGAGCAUAAUCUUGUAGCAUGGGCAAGGCCUCUUUUUAAGGAUCGCAGGAAGUUUCCAAAGAUGGCUGAUCCGUUGUUGCAAGGUCGUUAUCCAAUGCGCGGACUCUAUCAAGCUCUUGCUGUUGCUGCAAUGUGUUUGCAAGAGCAAGCUGCUACAAGACCUCUUAUAGGGGAUGUUGUAACUGCUUUAACCUAUUUAGCCUCCCAAGCUUAUGACCCAAAUGCGCCUGUAUCUCAAAGCAGCAGAGGUGGUACUCCUAGGAGCAGGGAUCGCCGGAGCUUGGCAGAUGGUGUAGAUAGUCCCGGUCAUUACGGUUCCCCUUCUACACAUAGGAACUCUCCUGAUUUCAGAAAGAGAGACUCUGUUACAGAGUCGCGAAACGGUGAAACCAGUGGUGGGUCUGGGAGAAGAUGGGCUUUAGAAGAACUAGAGCGUUCAGAUUCUCUAAGAGAUAGCCCUGUCAGCGCAGGAAGAGCCAGGGAGACGAGGAAUCGAGAUUUAGAUAGAGAGCGUGCAGUAGCAGAGGCAAAAGUAUGGGGUGAGAAUCUGAGAGAGAAAAAGAGAGGUGGCGCAAUGGAUAGUUUUGAUGCUACAAACGAGUAAUUCUGCUGGAGCAUGGUUAUGUUACACUGAUACAUUUGAGGAUCGUCCUGGAAAAAGAAGAAUGCCGUUGUCAAAAUUUGCCCAAGGAUAGAUUAUGUGUCUACCUUAAGCUGUUGUUGUCCUAUAUCAUUCGUGUAGAGUCUUUAGUUCAAGCUUUCGGUAUUUCAUGGUAAUGGCACAAAACACAGCUAAAGGUGGCACUGGAGGAGGUUAUCUUGUAAUUUAUGGUCAUUUUAGUAGUUACUUUGUUGCAGAAUGUUUCAUGCACCAUGUUAAUCUAUAUGUAAUUAGGGUCUUGGUAGAGUUAAUGUUAUGCGAUGAGAAGUUGGGCCACACAUCAGUGCUUUACUGGUUUUAUUUGGCUUGGUUUGGGUGUCACCUUGUUGCGUUGUUACAUAUUGUGUUGUUACAGUUCUCUUCAUGUAUGUAUUUCUGAGCUGGUCAUGUUUUCGGCUUAUACAAAGAGGUUUUUCCCCA